UGUCACGCAUUUAUGUUGUGUGCCUGCUUACUAUAUUUUAAUGAUGUUUAUAUAAUAACCACAACAGAAUAUAGCUAACACACAAAAUGUCAAAAUAAGAUUUUUUACAAUUUUCCAAUUCUUCUACAAACAAAAUAUUCCAUCAUCGACUAAUGUAACGUGAAAGAAUCAUUGUUUACGUCAACAGACUAUAUUUGAAGAUUGCCAAAAUUACGUAAUUUCGACCAAAACACUCUAUCCGCAAUCUUUCCGGAACGUGAUAAAUGACGUAAACUGGUUAACAUUUGCAAUGAACUUGAAAUGAAAUGGAACGUCUUAAAAUCACACAUAAAAUAAUGACCAGUUAUUUCUUGAAGGUUGGCGGGUGUGCUUGUGAUUUUUGCUAAAAUGGCUUCUGUUGCUUUCUUUGAUUUUGAUCGUACAAUAGUUGAUGAUGAUUCUGAUGCCACGAUAAUUAAUAAAUUAAGAGAGAAAAAGCCCCCGCCUGACUGGGAGAGCAGUAACCACGACUGGACUCCGUACAUGAGUGAUGUAUUUGAGCACGCAUACUCAGCCGGUCUAAGCGAAGAGGACAUCCUGUCGUGCAUAGCGUCAAUGAAACCGAACCUCGGGGUGCAGCAGUUGAUCAGGACGCUGUCCCAACAGGGCUGGGAGAUUGUGGUCAUCACAGACGCGAAUAGUGUCUUCGUCAAUCAUUGGCUGACGGAGCACGGGUUGUUGCAAUAUAUAACGAAUGUCAUCACAAAUCGUGCGUUCUGGAGGCACAGCCGUCUGUACAUCGAGCCCUAUAUGAAGCAGACGUCCUGCCCCAGGUGCCCUAAGAACCUCUGCAAGAGCGAGGCCCUGAGACGCUGGUGCUCGGAGAUGCCGGCCAGGCGUAUCGUGUAUGUAGGGGACGGGAGAAACGAUUACUGCCCCGCCACGUCGCUGCCCCCACACGCGACAGUGUUCCCCCGCCGCGGCUAUCCACUGGACGACCUGGUGAAGAAGACGCUCUCGUCUCCCAACCCUCAAGUGAAGGCCAAAGUGAUACCCUGGGACAACUGCUACAGGAUACUCCAGGAACUCUACCCGGACAUCAUGGUGGAUAAUUAGACAUUUCACUUUAGAUACCAAUUUUACUAUAGUCAAUACUAUCUAUAGACGACUACGGGAGCGCGCUAAUUUGAACUAGUGGUCCCGUAGUAGUCGAAAUUCGACCAUAAUUGUUAAUUUCAAUUAUAAUUUUGAACAAUAUCAUGGUUCUAUUGUCAAAGACUAAUAAACUUCUAUAAUCACAGAUUUCUCCAAGACUAUACUAUAGACAAAUAAUAUUAAAGACAAACUUAAUCUAUACUCAAUUUGACUAUAGACUUUAAACAAUAAACAAAAGAGUGUAUAUGUGUGUGUGUCAAAUUUUUAUUUAAUUAUUAAUUUUAUUUAUUUUUUAGGCACACAGUGCACAUUACAAGCUAGAAAUAUACACAAUAAAUAACAAUAAAUAAAUGGUAUUGUCUGUCA